GUCGUACUUUCCCUCUCUCCAUCCAUGUGAAGCGCUGUUUCAUACGUCCAGUGAUGCCUCUGCAGCCCGCAGACGAAACGAUACAGGAAGAUACCACAGUGAAUGGGACCUUAACAUCCAAGUGACGUCCUAUAUGAUAAAUCCCGAUUUGUUACAUUCUCGAGGAAAAAAAAGCAAUUUUAUCUAAAUUCCGAGGAUUACUCUCGAGGCGAUUCUCGGACGGUCUGUGUUGUCAAGGUGGAGACAUGUGCAGGCAUCGAGGACGAGGAGCCUGGAAUUAAGCACAGGAGAGAAAAGAUGCCAAAGAUGAGACAAUAAAGAAGAGCUAGUGUUGGGGCCUGUGCAGACUUUCCGCUGCAGCAGUUGGAUGUGCACGUCGACCCGGCCACGAUGACAAUGAAAGGCCUGUCCAGCAGUCGUAGUCACCACCACACGGUGACCUGCGACCCCUCUUAUGACUCCAUGACCAUGGGGCACUCGGACCGUCGGUCCUACUUUCUCAACCCUGGGGAGGCUCAUCCUGCUGACCACCCCUGUUACACCCAGCGCAACUCCUUCCAGUCUGAGUGCGAUGCCUACCCUGACCUGGCCAGCUGCACCUUCCCUCGCAGACAUUACAGCUCUCACCAUGAGCUGAAAGAGGAGUGUGGCCCUAUGGUGCCUUAUACUGGGCAGACAGGGAACAGUAAGGGAGGUGGAGGAGGUGGUGGAAACAACAACCGAAUCCCCUCAAAUCUGCUAGAGCAGUUUGAGCGCCAAGCACCGGUGCAGCGUGAAGGCUACCACACACUGCAGUACAAACGCACUGCAGUAGAACACCAACGUAGUGACAGCCCUGGUCGAAUACGUCAUCUUGUUCACUCUGUCCAGAAGCUUUUUACCAAAUCCCACUCCCUGGAGGGGCCCUCAGGGUCUGGGGGUGGCGGGAGUGGGAGGAUGAAUGGCAGCAAAUCCAGUCCUGAUGACCCACCCUCCUCUUCUGGCACCCUAAAGCACAGUAAGCGAAGUAAGAGCAAAGACCGCUCCAAGUCAGAGCCUAAGAUGCAAACUGCUAUCUCAGGCUACUGGAGCUCAGACGACAUGCUUGACCGGGAGAUGUGCCUCUACCCCCAUCACCACGGGGGCAGCAGUGGAGGCCUGCCUUCGGGGGUCAUGACUAUGGGGCGCCACCCAGACAAAUCCCAGUCGCAGUACUUCAUGGAGUCCUACAACACCAUCAGUGCUCACUCUCUCAAGACGUCACGCAGCAAUAAUGAUGUGAAAUGCUCAACGUGCUCCGGAGGCAGCAGCGGAGGUAUGCCAGUGGUGGGCACCCUGGAUGGCAAAGUGCAGCUGAAGAAGAGCUCGUGGUCUUCUACUCUGACGGUGAGCCGAGCAAGAGAGGUCUAUCAGAAGGCCUCAGUCAACCUAGAUAAAGCUCUAGUGAAAGCAGAGCAGGGACGCACCUGCCACUUCCUACAGGUGCCUCAGGAUGACUGGAGCGGUUUCUCUCCACUGGGGAAGGAUGACGAGAUCCCGUGCCGGCGGAUGCGCAGCGGCAGCUACAUCAAGGCCAUGGCCGAAGAAGACAGCCCCGACUCGGACUGCAGCCCGAAACCCUCGCCCAAGGUCCAGGCCCGACGAGCCAGCUAUCUAAAGGCCACACAGCCCUCCCUCACAGAGAUGACAACACUCAAGAUUUCCACAGAACACUCGCCCAAGCUGCAGAUCAGGAGUCACAGCUACCUGCGGGCGGUGAGUGAGGUUUCCAUCAAUAGGAGUCUGGACAGCUUGGACCCGGCAGGGCUGCUGGCCUCACCUAAAUUCCGCUCGCGAAAUGAGAGCUACAUGAGAGCCAUGAGCACCAUCAGCCAGGUGAGCGAGGUGGAGGUGAACGGGCAGAUCGAGGCAGUGUGUGAGUCAGUGUUCAGUGAAAUGGAGUCGCAGGCGGUGGAUGCCCUGGAUCUGCCCAUGCCCAGCUGCUUCCGCAUGCGGAGCCACAGCUACGUGCGUGCCAUAGAGAAAGGCUGCUCGCAGGAAGAGGAGGAGAGAGGCGUCAGGGUGGGCAUCAGGAGCACCAAAUCACCCCCGCACACCACCACAACCGUCAGAACCAUCCAGAGCAGCACAGUGUCAUCAUGCAUCACUACCUACAAGAAGACUCCUCCCCCAGUCCCACCACGGACCACACCGUCCAAACCCUUCAUAUCCAUCACGGCACAGAGCAGCACAGAGUCCGCUCAGGAUGCCUACGUGGACGGGGGCUCCGGCCCACGGGCAGGCAUCAGUUCCCAGCCGGGCCUGUCCAACUCCACGGAAAGCAUCGACAGCAUGAAGGCCCUGACAGCAGCCAUAGAGGCGGCUAACGCUCAGGUGCACGGCCCCGCCAGCCAGCACGUCACCAACAGCACCAUCACCAUCACUGCCACCGCCACCACCUCCGCCAUCACACACGUCUCCACGGAGAGCAAGGCGCAGAGGGAAGCGUUCCGCAAGUCCCUCUCCAUAGGGAUCCAGGUGGAUCCAGAAGAAGGAGGGCCAACGGAAGAGCAGUCUAAAUUCCAGUCGAUAGGAAUUCAGGUGGAGGAUGAGCGAUGUUACCGCAGGAUGACCCGCUCCAACAGCGUUACCACGGCAGUGCAGGCGGACCUCGACGACCCCGCAGACGCCCCAGAGUUGCCGCCACGUCACUGUGCCACCAUGCCGCGCCAGCACUCCCGCGAUGCUGCCUCUUCUACCGUAAGCAUCCAGGGCUCGGGGAACCACUACCACGCUUGUGCAGCUGACGACUAUGGGGAUGUGGGGUUCGACCCUUCAAUCCUGCCCCCUCCAGACCCAUGGAUGGACAGCGUGGCCGAGCCAGAUGUGGAGGGUUUGGAGGCGGUCGGACGAUUGGUGUGCCCCCGUGACGGCCACUGGUUCCUCAAGUUGCUGCAGGCUGAGAUGGAGCGAAUGGAGGGCUGGUGUCGACAGAUGCAACAGGAUGAGAUCGAGAAAGAGCUGCCUGAUGAGAUCCUGGGGAAGAUCCGCAGUGCAGUGGGGAGUGCCCAGCUGCUUAUGUCCCAGAAGUUCCAGCAGUUCCGGGAGCUGUGUGAGGAGAAUCUGAACCCAAAUGCACACCCACGGCCCAUCUCCCAGGACCUGGCAGGUUUCUGGGACAUGCUCCAGCUGUCUAUUGAGAACAUUAGCCUGAAGUUUGAUGAACUCCACCAACUUAAAGCCAACAACUGGAAUCCUCUGACCCCGCCUGAAAUUCAGUGAGCUGCUUUUGAGAAGCUACUCUACCUGCCAUGCACCGUUGGGGCCUGCUCGUCUCCAAUGGUCACUUUAACCACACGCAAUGGCCACCCCAUGCCCUCUUACUCCACAUAAAUGGCUGCUACUAUGAACCAUAACCUCAUUCAAAAUUGCAUGCUAUGACAUUAUGCUGACAACAGCUACACUGCUCUUUCUAACCCUUACGCAAGACGGCUGCAGUUGUGUUGCUUUUUACUGUGUUUAGCUGCAGCUCGCCUUGACAACUUAGUGGUCUGUCAUUAAGACUAUUUGUCAUUCCUGUCCAGGAGAGAAGGAUGCCCCCUCCUGUGCCAAAGAAGCCCCUGAAGGGCCACCAUCCUCCCCUGGCUAGGGACCGCUCGCUGGAGAGCUCUGAGCGCCAGCGUCUGGAGGCUCGUAAACGCCUGCUAGCUGCCAAACGUGCCGCAUCGGUUCGACAGAGCUCUGCUACCGAGAGCGCAGACAGUAUCGAGAUUUAUAUCCCAGAGGCUCAGACCAGACUAUGAGACACGCAAAUGCAUGUACCCACACACACAUGCUCAAUACACUGUCCCAUACCCUCUAAAGCACUGACUGGUAAGGCUAGGGUGCUAACAUAACAUAAACACAUCUUUUGCGGACUAUCCAGAUCACUGCGGUCAGUCACAAUGGAAGAAAAACACGAAAUGUACAUUUACAGUAUUUAUUUAUUUAUUACCCCCAAACCCCGUUCCCAAAUUUUAUUCUCCCAGCUUUAAUGUAGCAGUUCCUCCUCUUCCUGUACCUCCACCUGCCCCUCACCGUCAAGGAAAUAUCUAAUGAAUCCCUUUCUUUAAGUGGCCUAAUAUUUCAAAGUAAGCCAGGUGUAGCACAGCAGUGAUGCUUCACGUUAUUGUAUUCCAGGUGCCGAGAAUCGGAGGAAAACAAGAAGAGAGCAUGCAUGUGGAAUGUGUGUAUUUACACAUGCAACACACAAAACAAGUGAUUUAUUUGGUCUGAUCUGCUCAGAUCAAAUGUAUUAAAAUAAAUGGAAACCAGACCUCACAUAUUGACUCAUAUCCAAGAUGUAUUAUAUGUUAUGUAUUUAUUUAUUUUUUAUUAUUUUUUAUUUAUUUUAUUUUAAUGAAAUCUCACGAACUGAUUCUGAAAUCUAUCAGCUGAGUUUUUAAUUUUGAGGCCAAUGUUUAUGAAAGAAAAUAAAGGUGAAAAGACCAGACAAGGAAACUAUAGUGUCAGGUAGCGACACAAUUUCCCCUCUGUCUGAAAAUGGUUCUUAUUCCAGCAGCAAGCAGCUUCCCCCCCGGAAAGGUCAAGAGGUCAGAUUUAGCGUCUCCAGGUGAGGCAAAGUGGCUGUUGAGCCAGGAGCAGAUUUUGUGGUUUUGCAAUGAGUGUGAUUCACUGAAAGAACCACUGUUUAAAAAUGCCACAAACCUAAUCUGUGUGUGUGAGUGAGAGAAUGAGUGCGUAUGUGUGGUAUGAUUCAGAUGUGUAUUUCAAAAGUGCUUCCUAUUUUUCUAGGUCUAAAGGGUCCUAGUUGUAAUUGAAAAUUAAGGUAGCAGUAUCAAAAAACUGUAAACAAACCGCCCAUCUUGUCUCAGUUGAAACUGAGCAAAACAUGUUUGUAUAAAGAACAUACAGUAUAAUGAAAUGGCAUGCAAGCUGACACAAGGUAACUGAUUUUUUCUGUAUUUUUUUAACCAGGUUAAAUUGUCUCGUUGGAAUUAAAACUCUCAGUGUUACAGACAAUGGUAAAAUACUGGUAUUUGGUACAAUACUGGUAGUUGUACUGUAUUUUAUUGUGUCAUUUUUAGACAAAUCAGUAUUGAGACAAAAUGACUGAAAAGGGACUAUUUUCUCCACACUGUGCACGAUUUCUGCCUCCAAAAUAAAGCAAUUAUUUAAAGGUCAUUAAAAAAAAUCUAAUUUGUAAUAUUUUGUAUUCAUGUUUAAUUUCUUGAUUGAUUAGGAGAACAAUGACUGUUUUAUUGACAUUGUAAUUAUUAUUAUGCACUGACAACAAGGCCCGUAUACUGUGUUAAUUUUUUUUUAAUUUAUGUUGAUUCUUUAGCAUGACAGGCACCUUUUUGUCUUUUCUGUUUCAGUGAUCAGCCUUAAUUUCUAAUAUGAUAGUCGAGCACAACAGCAGUCUCAGGGGAAGAAGUGUGUGUUUGUCUGUGUGUGUCUGUGUGUGUCUGUGCGUGUGACUGACUUCAUGUGACCCAUGGUUUGUCUCUUACUGUAUAUAACUCAAGUCACCAGGACAGGCCAUGAUCUUAAACACUGGAAUAAUAUCCAUGCCAUCUUUUGAAUGAUGUUUCUAUUGAACAUCUCAGCCCUAAUUACUUUAAUGUAACAAGAUAUUUCUAUCAGCUGUUUGAAUGUGGAGACAAUCCCGAGCCAGUUUACCAUCAAAUAGUUGUUUUGAUACAGAAUAGACUCUGGUGUGUAGUCUGAUUCUCUGUAUUGAUCUGACAAAAUUUUGUGCCAUUCAAUAGUCAAGGAUAUGUUUGUGUUAUUUGUCCCUAUUGAACGACAACAUGAAGUUUUCAUUGAGAGACGUUUGUGAAGGAACUUAAGUGAUGAAGUGACCGUACAGUAUGAUUUUUAUUUCUUUUAGUUGGUCGAUAUGAAGUUUAGAGAGGAUGCAUAAAAGUAACAAUAGCUCAAAGUUAAUGCCAUUUUAUGUAGAUGAAGCUCAUUUUAAUAUUUUUUACUUUGGAACUUGUAUUUGAACUGAAUUGUCUGUCAAAUGAUUGACUUCUUAUUUAUCUUUAUUAUAUUACAUAUCAUUAUAAUACUCCUCAUAUAACAGGGAGAUAGAAACCAGAAUGUCGGAUUGUGGUUAAUUGCUAAAUUUAAAAGACUCCAGUCCAGCAAUUCUGAAGCUUGUGUAGUUAUAUUAAGACAAAAAACAUUCAAAUAAACAUUUGUAAAUAAGUGAAUGUUUCCCUGUGUAAAUGUAAACUAAAAACCCAAUCAAAUAACAUAUUUAGCAGAUAUACAUUUUGUAGUUAAUGUUAUUACACUGUUGAUGUUACGGCACAUGUAUGAGCUCUGAACAGCAUUAAAAUAAUAUAUCAUUGCCAU